GCUGACGGUAGAAUCUCACGUCCGUGUGUCGGUUCGAGCUAGAUUUCGUAUGAUUUAUUCGUCCAAGGUCAGUAUACGUAUGGAUUAGUGUGAGAAAUCAAUUCGCACGAAGCAAUAUUUACGUGCGAAGUAAUCAAUUAGUACGAUCGAUCGUAUUUUAUCGUGAUAUGCAUAAUGUGUGCAUUAUAACGUCGCAUCGCGUCGCUCAUGACAAUGACAUUGCAUUUAGUCAUCUUCUGUUUGUCGCGUAUCGGUAUCUGAUUGGUCGCGAACAGUAAAUACGAAUUUCGUUGCAUAUGUUAAUAAACUCUAUCAAUCCUUCUUCGCGCUCUUUUCCAUGGAACAUUGCUCGCGGCAGUAGCAUCUCGCGUUUGUGCGUCGGUUUUGAGCUAGAUUUGAUACUAUUUAUCGUCAGUAUAAAUAUGGAUUAAUGUAAAAAGUCAAUUCGUGCGAAGCAGUAUUUACGUGCGAAGUAAUCGAUUAGUACGAUCGAUCGUGUUUUAUCGUGAUAUAACCUGUACAUCGUAACGUCGCAACGUGGUUGUCGCGACGACAUAUCGUAUCACAGUGUUUCGCGAGUGGCGCGCCGCGUAGUGAUCUUAUCUAGACUUUCUAUUUUUGUGAAUUAUGAAAAAGUACCAAGAGAUGGAACCCUUAUCCAGAUUCAGCACUGAAAGGUGUCAUAAACUAUAAGACGCCAUCUUAACAAAUAUUCUAAUGUUUUCUGAUAAUUUUCUAAUAUGACGCGAAAGUAAAAUGCCGACAAAAGUGUUGAAUAAGUUGUGCGAGAUCGUUGUAUGCAUAUUACGUAUCAUACAAAUGUAUUACGCGUGUAAAUAAGUGCCGGGAGUGUCGGAAGUGAUUGUCAUCAUGUGACGAUACAUUAUCCGUACGUUAAUUAGCUGAGUGAGUAAUUGAUUGAAACAAAAGAACGUCAACAAGUGAUUUUUUCCUACAACUUUUCAAUUCAACACAUGCAUUCAAGUGGCUUCGUUGACACGGAUGCGUGCCGUGAAAAAGAAGAGAGUACAGGAUUCUGGAUAAAUCGGAAUAUCACUUCUCUACUAUCGGUACCUUCUACUAUCAUAGUUCGCAGUCGAUUUCACCCAAGUACCGGAAGAAAAGCCCGGGCUCCAGGACGAAAUAGUCUUUAUUUCGCUGUUGGAAGCUGUUGGUGGGCUCCUUGAGCCCACCCUCUCAUCGGUCAAACUGGCGAGCGCGCUAACCGCUGGUAUGAACCCCCACCAUCCGGGCCAUUCCGCAGCCUAUCCCCAUCAUCCCUCGCUCUCGGGCAGUCCGCAUCACUCGGGGCCCGGCGGGCCGCAUCACGCGUACGGGACUGGCGGAGGAGGAGGCGGUGGCGGCGGUACGACAACAACCCCCGACUUACCCAGCCCGCACUCACCCUCGCACGCCGGUGGUGCCGGCGAUCCCGCCACUCCCUAUGCGACCCUGCAGCCUGGACAGGGCAUGGGCAGCAACGGGCAUCAUCACGGUGGCGGCGGCAUGAUGCAGGACCAUCCACAUCACCCUGGGCAUCCCCAUCCGCACAUGCCGGGACACCCCGCGUAUCCACCGGUCAAUCACAACAAUAACUGCACGCUCAAACAGGAAGGCGUUCCAAGCGGGUCAACCGGCCUUCGGGUAUGCGCCCAGUGCAAUCAUCAAAUAAUGGAAAGAUGGCUGUUGCUAGCAAUGGAUCGGUAUUGGCACAUCGGCUGCCUCAAAUGCACGUUAUGCAGCGUGGUAUUGGGAGAAGUCGGCCAAUCCUGCUACACCAAAAGUGGCAUGAUUCUCUGCAAAGCCGACUACAGACGAAUGUUCGGCAGCAGCGGCGUCUGCGGGAGCUGCGGUAACCAAAUACCCGCGAGCGAACUGGUGAUGAGGGCCGGCGAAUCGGUAUUUCACUUAAAAUGUUUCAACUGCAAUAAAUGCGGCGGUCAACUCGUUUCCGGCGACAGAUAUUAUUUAAUGUCGGGCUCGCCGGUCUGCGAAUCCGACUGGCACAAAAUUGUGAAGGCGACGGGCGUCGGUGCGGCGACGGCCGCGACGGGCGGCAACAGCGGCGCACCCGUUAGGAAAGGUAAGGUCGGCAGGCCUCGAAGGAGCCGCGAAUGAGGCGGCAACCCGGUCGGUCGCCCGAAGAAGGUGCAACCUUCUCCGCAGCCGACGCCCCCCGUCGUCGUACCUUCGCCACAGGUAGACGUUGUGGACGUCGCAGUCGGGAUGGAUCCCUAUUCGCCGCCUCCGCCGGGUCAUCAGCAUUAUCACCAUUAUCACCAUCACCACCAUCAUCAGAUGGCACUCGUGCAUCCGGGUCUGGCGGCCCAGCAAUCGCACCUGCAAGCGUCCAGCUAUCAGGACUGGUCGCCCUGGGCCCAGGAUACCUGUGACUGAAACUGUUCGCCGCAGAGCCGGGUCGAAUUCCAAGGGACGUCGCGAUGAAGCAGCAACAGCAGCAGCAGCAGCAGCAGCCGCCUGCCUGCCCAUUGUUGCGAGUCCAGGUUCCCCGGAGAAAUCGCCAAGAGACGAGGUGGGGGCGACUCCUCCGCGUAGUCCGUCACCCGCCGUCGGCGAUUCUACAAAUCGAGUGUCUCUGGAUUUUGGCGCCGUGAUAUUGAACGUGACUUGAACUCAAACUUGACGGCAGCCGAAACGUUUUGCCAGCUAGGCACCACGUGAUGUUGAACGUAAUUGAACUUGCCGCGGAUACCGCGAGCGCCACUGCGCUCUUGACGAUGUUGGUGUGUCGAGUGCGUCCAAAUUUGGCGCGGAUACAUCGAGAAUAUACGACUCAAUGAUCAUUGACCGUCUUCGAACUUGAAUGAUUUGUAGCUGUAAAUAUCUCUCAACUUGACACGGGCACUGCUUCGGUCUCGUUCUGUCUUGCGGAUAUAUCAAUUACGAGUCUGAGAGCGCCUAAAAGUCCAAUGAUGUUGAGUUGAAUUUAGCAAUUUACUUUUUAUUUCUUCAGAAAUAAGAAAUAUUGGAAGCGUCUGUGACAAAUUGAGAUGACACUUGACACCGCAUUGCAAAAGUAUCUUUGCCAUAGGUCCGCCGGUCUUCUUAAUAAUAAUUUUUGCUCAAUUGUAAAAAAAAAAUCGAAGAAAGUCUAAAGUGCGACUCAUCGUGCGUAUACCACCAGCCGCAGUAGUGACGUCAGUUUUCUUCUUUAAAACUCUUCGCAACCAUCCUGUUAGGAUAAUCUCGACACAAGAUGUGGAAUGUAGAAUUCGUUGAAUGGCACUUGCGAUCGGCGCAUUCUUUCACGCAUCUGCAAAUGUCUAAAUAACUUUUAUCGACGCGUCAUUUUCAAACUCGUCGCCGAAUUGUCUCGGUGUUCAAGACUCUACGUUAUUUUAUUUCGGAAUAAUUAAGCCAUUAAUACAAUUUGUUGUCAUUUUGUUCAAAUUUUCGCAAGUCCGCACUCGAUUCCUUGCUGUCGCCUGUUCGAAGGAAACAUCAGCAACAGAAUGGCACAGACUUCUGUAUAGAAAAUCCAAACCACUGUCAUCUGUGAGAAUUUAGUCGAAAAAUUAACGCUAGGUGCAAUUAGCAAUUAUGCGGCAACAAUUAUAUUUCGAAAAUGCAAGUGUAUCGAUUAUUUAAAUGUCGUUUAAUAAUCAUCAAAAGAACUUGUAACUUUUGAAAUAUAAAUUAUUUUAACUAAUAUUUCCUCCAGUUUGACGAAUACUGUAUGCUUGUAAAAUUUAGUUGCCACUUUUUAUCAGCAUUCUGUACAGAAGUCUGUGCUGAAUCCAACACGUGCGAUCGAAGGAUCUAAUCACGUAAGAAAGACAGAUGGCAAUCGGAAGCAGAGGGAGAGAGAGAGAAAGAGACAGAGAUAGCGGGGGGCGAAGGGGGGGAUAAAUCGACGGCGAUCGAACAAGAGACGCGCGAAGCGAUGACGGCGCGCAGUUCUGGACCCUUAGAAAAUUAUUUUUCUUUCAAAAUUAUCGUAUCUGUCGAUCCGCCGCCGCGCUCCGUAAACUCAUUAGGCGGCCCUUGUUCCCGCCAUCGUUAAUUGAGUGCCGAGGUGAGACGAACGACACGGAAUUAUCAUUCGAAUCCUCCUUGUUAGGUACCCGCGUCACCUUGCUUUUCCCUUUCCCGCUUUUUUCUCCCCAGCACUUCUUUCUCUCUCUCUCUCUCUGCCUCUCCUCCUCUCCCCCCCCUCCUCUCUCUGUCUCUCUCUCGAGAAUUCGCCAUUCUCAAAGCAGCAUAAUCAAUUAAAUCUAUUGUACAAGACAAAAUCCGUUCUUCGCUGCGGCAGUGUUUCCGACACAUCCGGAUUAAAUUAUCGUAAGUCUCUAAUCGUAAGUAUAUUACGAUGUUACAUAUAGAACGGGAAAAUCAUGUAAAAGUGAUUGAGACGUCGUUUUCCUGGAGAGAACAAAGCUCAAUUAUUCUGAAGAAUAUGUCCCCGUCGUUUAGCGAAGUCUACGUUGUGCAUUGGUUAUUAAAAUUGUCAAUAUGCAGGUUGUCUACAGAAAUGCGUCUGCCAGUAACGACGCUGCAAGCUCUUCGCGAAGGAGUGUCGAUCCUUCUGUUGGGAUUUCUUUCUUUGUCGCGGUUGGAAAAUUCUCGAUCCUUCGUUCGCGAUUCUUCCGCGAAGAGGCGAUCGCGCGUUACUGGCGCACGGACGUUCACAAUAUCCCCCGUUGCACGUACACGUUAGUGACAUAACUCGCGGCAAAGCAAGAAAUGACAUUGACGCAACGUAUGCUCGAAGCUCAAAGUACAACGGAUUCACGAGCGGUGAAUUUCGGCGCGAGAUGUAUGUAUCACGAGAGCGAAAUUGCCCUGUUUUAACUCGUUUUAUUCGUCAAAUACUCCUGCUUCAACUCUCGGGAAGGUGGACGUGGGCGGCAGGCGAUGGUUGGAUUAAUUUCGAAAAGUACCUCGUGAUGGAAAAAAACCGAGCGUGGUGAUGUCUGUAAAUUUAAAUAUUCUUUCUUUUUAAAGCAUUGUCAUGUACCCGCUAUAAAUAGACAUAUUUUUCAGAUGUAUUUGACGUUUGCAAACAUUUGACUCGCGGAUCCAGCCGUCGCCAGACGAGAGGGGUCAAACGUUGACCCCGUACACGUCGCGCGGAUUGCCAAUUAAGCAUCGUUCACACUUGGAGAGUUCGCCGAGACUUGUCGCGAGUAAACUUGUGUGUAUCAAGGAGACGUCGCGCAUGGAUAAAUUGUCCGAACAAAAGCGAUGCUUAAGAACUUGUAUGAUAUAAUAGCGACUCGACAGGUAUUUGAAUUCUUCAUUUUUAGUGGACCACAGGCGUUCCUUUUUAAUCGUAAACACUUCGUUCUAAGAAAGAAUGUAUGUAUUUAGUAUGCAACAAAUUAUGAUCUCAAGACGUCGCAACGUCUCGCGGCCCUCUAAAAAUUUUAAGGACCGUAAAACAGUGCGACAUCUCGAAAUCAGUACCAUAUCUUGCGUAAGCCGCACAUUAAAUACAUUCUUUUCUAAAGUGAAGCCUUUACGGUUAAAAAAAAAAAAAAGAGAGAACGAUCCACUGAAGAUUAAGGACUCAAACUUCUGCGAAGCGCUCGAAUCGCGAUGAGAACAAUUACUAGUCGACGCCGAACGACACCGCAAAGGAUCGAAAUCGAUUUCUGUCUAACAUGACUCUGCGGGCAAACGAUGCUGACAGAGAAAGUGAGAGAAAAGUAGUAUAUACAGAAUAGUAUAUACAAUGUACAUGUAGGUUAGACAAGGAGUCACGCUGAUGGGUUAUAUCAAGGGUGCACAAACUUUUUCGGCAUCAACUCGGAUGGACGAAUAUUGAAUUUGCGGCAGAUUUCCCACUGCAGAUGCAUAAAUAUAUAGAUCUGUAAGCAGCAGACGCGUUAUUCUAAUUUUUACCUUUAUCCUUAACUCGAGAAUAUAUAAGUUACAUCUAAUUAGAGAAUAAAUUUGUUCAGUUCGAACGGGCUUGUGUCUGUUUUAUUAUUUGUUCUCAUUUCUUCGUCGUAUCGGAUUGCGCCGGGUCGAGCCGAGAGUCCGUUCGGACCGAAGUUUGUGCAUCGUUGGAUUGUGUAAUUUUGUAUAUAGGGUACAUUUUGUAUAUUGUUAAAGUAUAUUGUGUGAUAUAAUGGUUAUGUAUUUACUAUCGAGCGCGAACGACGAACGGGUCUGCCGCGUGUUAUUCUACGGGGCGAUUAACCGACACGCGACACGUUAUGGUUUUUCGCGGUCCUGCAUUGUUGAGUGCGUCGCGCAGUGUCGUCCGCCAUCAGCGAUUAUAGCGCGGAUAAUGAAUGAUUCCGGCUUUUCCUCCGAUCAGCUUGUUCACCGCUAAUUAAUCAUCUCAUCGAAUUAUCUGUCUCGACGAAUGUAACAUUACAUUAUUUUGCAAUCUGUAUUUACAUUUAUUGACACGCUUCUUUAGAGUGUAAUCUCAAAAUUGACGACGUGAAUGCUCAUUCAUUAUCAAAUGAUUCUCGAAUCAUUCCGAGACAUUGUUGUUUUGUCGCAUAAGCCGAUUCGCGCGACCGCACCGUCGCGCGGAGAUAUCGCAAUUUGUUCUCGUAAUUCGCGCGAAACAGCAAAGCCCAAGGACAAUCGUACGAAGCUCGCGGAGCAGAACGAAUCGCACGCGUGUUGAUACUCGGAGGAUCUCCUAAUCGCGCGGACUGGAUUGCGCGCACACUGCGUGUCGCAGUUGGCACUCGGCGGGCCCGGAAGUGGACGCGCGAGCACGGAAAAUCCCCGGCCGAGUGACACGCGCGCGGACCAUGACUCAGUCCCACGCACGUCUAGUUAAUUUUGUUAUUUGAUUUAUCUCGGACUCUUCAUAUUCGGGACCCGACAUCCUGUAUGUGGUUUCGCGGCCUCUUGUAAAAUACAAUUACACAUGAAACACAACUAUACGAACACGUUUAUUAAUUAAUAAAAUCACAAGUUUUUAGAAAACGA